AUGUCUCCUACCACGUCACGACAAUGGAACAUGAUAUACUUCACCGCACACAACUGCAACACGCUGCGGUCAGCGCAGCAAGAGGGCAAUGGUGCAACACAGGCUGGAUACGGCUAUGAAUUCUCGCCUCUGCUCAUUCACGACAUGCGAACAGUACCACCGUACGAUUUCUCGUCUUUCAACCUAGACACCAGCGGUUUCGCCAUCCUGCAGGACAAUCUCGUCCUGCCUCAGAUCGACUCCGACUCGUCCAUUGCAUCGCACUACUUCGCGCAUAUCCGUGCGCUCCUCCUACGAGCUUUCCCACACUAUACUGAUAUCUUAUAUUCGGGGCAUCUACGUCGCAAACGACAUCCGGGAUUCCCAAGUGCCCUGCCCAGUGGUGUUGAAGGGGAAUCUCACUAUCAGCAGCCUUUGACUGUGCCCCAUCUGGAUUAUACUCCCACGAGCGGAGCUCAGCGGCUGAAGCAACUUCUUAAUGGGAAGGAACAUGCUUCAGCCGUGGUAGAUCGCCCGUUCGAUCAGUUAAAUGUGUGGAGAGUCAUCAAGGGACCGAACAAUGACUGGCCAUUGGCGCUUUGUGAUUAUCGUUCCGUGGAUCGUGAUUCAGAUGCGUUGCGCUCUCGCAGCCCCGGCCAUGGUAAUAGUUCGACGGAGAACUUUUUUCUCAAGAAUAACUCUGCUCAUCUGUGGUACUACGUGAGCGACCAAACCCCAGAUGAGAUGAUCGUGUUCCGAAACACCUGCUCCGAGGGUCGGACUGAGCCAUGGGCAUGGCACACGGCCUUUGAUACGGGAGACGCCCAAGAUUGGUGUCGCGAGAGCAUCGAGUUAGUUCUCUUUGCUAUUUUGUGA